GCAGCGCGAGCGGGAUCGGCGGCGGCGGCGGCGGCCGAGCGGGUCGCGGGCGGGCGGGCGGGCGGGCGGCGGGGUUGCGGGCACCGGGAUGGACGUGUCGGGCCAGGAGACCGAUUGGCGGAGCGCCGCUUUCCGGCAGAAGCUGGUCAGUCAAAUUGAGGAUGCUAUGAGAAAAGCUGGUGUGGCCCACAGUAAAUCCAGCAAGGAUAUGGAGAGCCAUGUGUUUCUGAAGGCCAAGAACCGGGACGAAUACCUUUCUCUCGUGGCCAGGCUCAUCAUCCAUUUCCGAGACAUUCAUAACAAGAAAUCUCAAGCUUCCGUCAGUGACCCUAUGAAUGCACUACAGAGCCUGACUGGUGGACCCACUGCUGGAGCAGCUGGAAUUGGCAUGCCAUCUCGGGGCCCAGCACAACCCCUGGGCGGUAUGGGGGGCCUUGGUGCCAUGGGGCAACCAAUGCCCCUCUCAGGACAACCACCCCCUGGUACCUCAGGGAUGGCCCCACAUGGCAUGGCUGUUGUAUCUACUGCAACUCCACAGACCCAGCUGCAGCUCCAGCAGGUGGCGUUGCAACAGCAGCAGCAGCAGUUCCAGCAGCAGCAGCAGGUGGCGCUCCAGCAGCAGCAGCAACAGCAGCAGCAGCAGUUCCAGGCUCAGCAGAAUGCCAUGCAGCAGCAGUUCCAGGCAGUGAUGCAGCAACAGCAGCAACAGCUCCAGCAGCAACAGCAGCAGCAGCAGCACCUGCUUAACAAACAUCUGAUUCAAAACCAGCAACAGAUGCAGCAGCAACAACAGCUGCGAAUGGCACAGCUGCAACUCCAGCAGCAGCAACAGCAGCAGCAGGCGGCUCUGCAGGCACAACCGCCUCUUCAGCAGCCUCCAAUGCAGCAACCUCAGCCGCCUCCCUCCCAGGCCCUGCCCCAGCAACUGCAGCAGAUGCACCACACGCAGCACCACCAACCACCGCCACAGUCUCAGCAGCCGCAGGUUGCUCAGAACCAGCCUUCCCAGAUCCCGCCACAGUCCCAGCCCCAGCCUUUGGUAUCCCAGGCUCCAGCCCUUUCUGGGCAGAUACUGUACAACCAACAACAGCUAAAACUGGUCCGAGCACCAAUGGGGGUGCAGUCGCCGCAGGUUCAGCCACAGGUGCAGCAGGUGCAGCCGCAGGCAGCUGUCCCCGCAGCUCAGGCCUCCCAGAUAGUGGCUCCUGGCGUGCAGAUGAUCACCGCAGCCUUCGCCCCAAGCGGGAUGCAAGUAAGAACCCGGUUCCCGCCCUCCACCGCUGUGUCUGCCGUCCAGUCAAGCUCCAUCCCUAUGGGCGGACAGCCCUCGGCACAGGUCAGCCAGAACAGCCUCGCCAUGCUAUCCUCACCAUCGCCGGGCCAGCAGGUGCAGACCCCACAGUCGAUGCCCCCUCCCCCGCAGCCAUCCCCACAGCCUGGCCAGCCCAGCUCACAGCCCAACUCCAACGUCAGCUCUGGCCCAGCUCCAUCCCCCAGCAGCUUCCUGCCUAGCCCAUCACCACAGCCUUCCCAGAGCCCAGUGACUGCACGGACCCCACAGAACUUCAGCGUCCCCUCUCCAGGACCUCUUAACACCCCAGUGAACCCCAGCUCAGUCAUGAGUCCAGCCGGCUCCAGCCAGGCCGAGGAGCAGCAGUACCUGGACAAACUGAAGCAGCUGUCGAAAUACAUCGAGCCCCUGCGCCGCAUGAUCAACAAGAUCGACAAGAACGAAGACAGAAAAAAGGACCUGAGUAAGAUGAAGAGCCUUCUGGACAUCCUGACGGACCCCUCCAAACGAUGCCCACUGAAGACGCUACAGAAGUGUGAGAUUGCCCUGGAGAAACUCAAGAAUGACAUGGCAGUACCCACACCCCCACCACCCCCAGUGCCACCAACCAAGCAGCAGUACCUGUGCCAGCCACUCUUGGAUGCUGUCCUGGCCAACAUUCGCUCGCCUGUCUUCAACCAUUCCCUGUACCGCACAUUUGUGCCGGCCAUGACAGCCAUCCACGGCCCUCCCAUCACGGCCCCCGUGGUGUGCACCCGGAAACGGAGGUUCGAUGAGGAUGAACGGCAGAACAUCCCCAACGUGCUCCAAGGGGAGGUGGCUAGGUUAGACCCCAAGUUCCUGGUGAACUUGGACCCUUCUCACUGCAGCAACAACGGCACCGUCCACCUGAUAUGCAAGUUGGAUGACAAGGACCUCCCAAGUGUCCCCCCUCUGGAGCUCAGUGUGCCCGCCGACUACCCCGCCCAGAGCCCACUGUGGAUUGACCGGCAGUGGCAGUAUGAUGCCAACCCCUUCCUGCAGUCGGUGCAUCAGUGCAUGACCUCGAGGCUGCUGCAGCUCCCCGACAAACACUCAGUCACAGCCCUGCUCAACACCUGGGCCCAGAGCAUCCACCAGGCCUGCCUCUCUGCCGCCUAGAUGUCCUCGUUGCUGCCACAGGCCACCCCUCCACCUGCCUGCUGGGGACCAUGGGGGCAGCUGGC